GUCCUGUGGCGCGACUGAUUGAACAGGGAGCUGUCUGUCACGACUUCCAUCAGGAGGGUGGGAAGAGGGACCUGCGCCAGGAAAGGCGCUGCGCGACCCACUUUUUCGGCAGAGGAUCGUGGCGGAGGGGAUAAACGGUCAUGUUAGCAGCAGGUACUGGCAAUGGUUUUGGCACCACAGCUUGGUGGGGGUUUUCUCCAGCACUCAACUUGCAAGCAAUGUCUCUGGAAUCCUCCACGGAGCACCUGAAACUAUCCCAGAAUGGCGUUCCUGAACUGAACAUCCUGCUAGUGGGGUCUAUAGAUGCACGACAUAUCCUAAAAACGAUGAGUCAUAUGCAUCGGCAGCCUCGGAGAAAAAUCAAUUUCUACGUUUUGGAGAACAAUCUGGAGGCUGUGAGUCGGCAGCUGUUAUUUUUGAACCUGGCUCUGGAGCCUCCAGACAAGAUGGGCCUACAAGAGAAGAGUGAGAUAUUCUUGGAACUGAUGGGGAAUACCCUCCUUCGGAGCCAGACCGCUGCCUAUCUGCAGGAGAAAGCAGCCCUCUUCAUCCGUUACAUUACAGACUCUGACUUCCAGCUGGCUAAUCUCCCUGUUUUGGACUUCUCUGCACUCAAGUUCAGGGAGCGGGACCAAUUAGAGGCCAUUUUUCAGUUCUGGCGGAAUCCAGAGCCACAAGCUUUCCAGAUCAAGCAGCUUUGGGACCUGCGGCUCCGGCAAUAUCUGGGCACCCGUUACGACUCUCGACGUGGUGUGUGUGACUGGGAUCUCACCAUGAAGCUGCAUGAGCAUGGGGCCAUAACAAUAAACUUCCAUGAGUUUUUCCAUUGGCGUAACACUGGCGUGGCUUUUGAAAUGCGAGAAGCCACCUACGAUGUCCCCAACAAAACCUUGGCAUCUGGACGUCUCGUCAGACACCUGGGAAAUCCAAUUAGGAAUAAAAACCAAAUUAACUCAUUCAGAUUUCUCAUCUCCCAGAAAGGGGAGCCCAUCCCAGCACGGGGAUAUUGGGGAGAUAUCACCACCGGCCCAUACAUCACAUUUGGCAUUGAAGCUGAAGAUCCCAGUCUGUUGAAAACCAUCAACGGCCGCCCUAGUAAAAAUGCACAAGAAAUCUCCUUGCAAAAUGUCACUGCCCUAUUGUAUGAACUGAGAUACAACACCCGCUAUGACCCAUCAGUACCAUCUGAAGAGGGGAAAGAUGAUCAUCUUCAGGGUGGUGGCGACUGCACUGUGUUGUGUGCCACAACAGGGCUUCCUGUGACAGAAGAGGUCCAUGUCCACUUCCUGCCCCUUGACUGCCUUCCUGAACUCCAUCACAAAGUCAAAUAUCAACAGCUUUUCAAUCUCUUCUUCUUCUCUUGCAGCAUGGUGCAUUAUCUUAAGCCAAAUCUGAGUCUGGUGUCAGCUCCAAAAGCCACUCUUAUUGUUGAGUUAACAAACUUCUUGCCUGACCUCCGCAAAGAACAAGUCUCCGAGUUCUCUUCCCGAGUGACUCGUCUGGCAACAGAUGCAGGAUUUGUUCCAGUGGAAACAGACAAAAAACCUUUUUCUUUGUUUCAACUUGGAGACCAGGAGAUUGAAGAUAACCCCCAUGAGAUAAUGCCACCAGAGAUGGCAGUCCCUGGUCCUUGAGGCUACCGUUUUAUUAUACAUUAAUUUUUAAUGGUCCUUUAAUAAAAUAGAUUCUUGUUGAAAAUUGCCAUA